ACAGAUCCCCUUCCCCACCCUGAAGAGGUGGUACUGAGAUGACUCAUCCUUACCAACCCUUCUAUAGCGGCUCAUUUAAUUGUACUCUUCUAGAAAACUGGUCCCUUCAAAAAGAGAAUUAGCCUCCUCACUUCCCAUGGUUUCCCUCCUGCCUGUUUCCCCCCCCCCUCUUGCUAGGAGUGAACCUGCAGUGUGUAAUUAAGAGGGGAAUGCCACCUCUUCCUAAUUACCCAAGAGAUCCAGGUGGGAGAGCAGGGAGUUCCACCCCCUCAAUCAAGUGGAGAGGGAGGCUGAACUGAAAGACAGGGGCUAAGGGAAGUAGAGGAGCCUGCGUGGGCAGUUCCUCUAACAGGACCCUGGGGAUUGAAAAGAGGGAGCUGGGCCCCCAAAUUGGGCUGGAGUUGACUACCUGCUCCCUUGGGAGCUGGCAAAAACCAGCUCAGCCAGUCCACCUCGGCCUCGGCAAUGAAUGGCCCUGCUCUUCAGCCUGCACCCUCCUCCCCGCACCCAAGGGGCUGGAGCGAGUUCUGCGAGCUGCACGCGGUGGCCACCGCCAAGGAGCUGGCCAAGCAGUACUGGCUGUUUGCCAGCGAGCACCCCCACCAUGACCUGCUGGGGGCUGAGCACUUCUCCCUGCAGUUCACCGACCUGUUCCAGCAGUACUUCCGGCACGAGGUGAGGGAGGGCUGGCCCAUGCACCAGCUCCGGAUCCUGCCCCUCAACUCCAGGGUGCGGGACUACCGGGAAACAGGCAGACGGCACGCGGAUGGCUCCUCGGGGCCGCCGAAGGCCGAAAUUGGGCUGCCUGGGCCCACGGAUCCCGGUGACAGGGCCCCCGAGCCUCCCCAGGCCUUGCCCAAGGCCCGGAGCUCUGAGGAGUUGGCAGCUGGGGCCUCCCCUCUAGCCUCUCCUCUGGCCUCCCCCCGCACAAUCGCCCAGUACUCCUUCCAUCACCUGCGCCGCAGCCUCCGCAGCAUCUUCCGGCGGCGCUCCUCUGAGGCCCUGCCGGCCGGGGACGGCCCGGGUGAUGGAGAAGCAGGAGAGCCCCCUACCAAGCAGGGCCUGCCCAAGAAGAUCCUGCCUUGGAGCCUUUCCCGGGAGCAGCCCCCCGAGGUGCUAAAAGAGGGCGUGCUCAAAUACGGCCUGGUGGACGAGGCCACCAUGGACAGCGGGACGCUGUGGCAGCGGGGACGGCUGGUGCUGCGGAAAGCGGGGCACCCUGGGGGUGACGAAGACCACAUCCUGGAGCUCUUUGAUCCUCCCAAGGCUUCAAAGCCCAAGCUGCAUGCCCUCUGCUCAGCCAUCCAGGAGAUCCGGAGAUGCACCCGCCUGGAAAUGCCCGACAACCUCAAUACCUUCGUGCUCAAGGUUAAUAAUUCCACCGACAUCAUAUUUGAGACUGGAGAUGAGCAACAGUUGAAUUCAUGGACGUCAGAGAUCAGAGAAUGCCUGAACAGACUCCGAUCAGAAGGAGCUGAAGAGGAUCCAUCCAACCUGACGCACGCGGAGCCUGGCGCAUCUGACUCUCCCAGUGGGAGCAUGGACUCCCUUAGCCAAGGUGCUUCGCUCUGUGGGCUGCCUGAUCCAACUUGCCAGAAAACUGACCACUUCCUGUCCUGCUACCCCUGGUUCCACGGCCCCAUCUCUCGGGUGAAGGCUGCCCAGCUGGUGCAGUUACAGGGCCCCGCGGGUCACGGGGUGUUCUUAGUGCGGCAGAGCGAGACACGGCGUGGGGAGUACGUCCUUACCUUCAACUUCCAAGGCAAAGCCAAGCACCUGCGUCUGUCCUUGACGGAGUGGGGUCAGUGCCGAGUCCAGCACCUGCACUUCCCCUCCAUCGUGGAUAUGCUGUACCACUUUCAACGAUCCCCCAUCCCACUGGAGUGCGGAGCCGCCUGCGACGUCAAACUCUCCAGCUACGUGGUUUUUGUCUCCCACCUGCCAGGUUCCAGCAACACAGUCCUGUUUCCCUUCUCCGUCCACCGCUGGAGUUCCGACCUCGGCCUUCCCCACCUGAGCCCCUCAGGUUGUCCCCGGAUGCACAUCCCGGAGGACCUCCCGCCUCGAUCAUCUCCCCCCGAGCAGAUCUUCCAUCUGGUGCCCCCGCCGGCAGAGCUAGCCAGCAGCCUUCGGCACGGCGAGUCAGCAGCAGCAGCAGCAGCAGAGCCCACGGCCAGGCCACGGGACACAGACUAUGAGCUGGACUCACCCAGUAGAGGCCGUAUCCGUGCCAUCGAGAAUCAGUACACUCCCCUCUGACAGGAUGAAUGCCAUCACAGGCCUGGCGCCCUGCCCCACACGAACUUUAUGCUUAGGAUAGGGGCAACAUACAGUUUGGCAUGCAAACUGAUCCCAAAACUCUUUUCAAAACAUAAGAAUGUAACUUUCUCUUUUCUUCCUUCUGGGUAGGGAUUGUUUUUCAAGGGAUGGUGAUACAUUCUUCACUCCAGUUUGGGUGUGAUCUUUCUAUUAGGCCUGUUAAAGGGCCUGUUAUAAAUGUUAAUCACACAGCUUUCUUAUUACUGUUUACAGAUAUAGUUCCUGUUCGCUUGCCGGUAUCUAUGGCUUUAGGCUUUUGCCCCUUCCUCUUCCUCCCUCAUCAUUUCAGAGAGUCUACUUUAGCUUAAGGAAGUUUGGGAAUCUUUACUGGGGCUGAUGUAGAUAAAAACCACCCCAAGAGAACCAAUGUACUACAAUUCCCUGGAAACUAAAGACUAACUUGAGGCAUGGAGAUGUUACUAUUUGUGCUCUCCACAGCAACUGAGAACCACAGUCAUGUACAAGGAAGUGGACACAGCUGCACCCAAAGAGCCAGCAGUUCAUGCUGACAGAGGAGCAAGGGGCUUAGAGGAUUUUAGAGUUUGGGAAUGGGCUAAAUUCAGUCUCCCUCCAUGCCUACUCAGCCACGACCCAAGAAGACUUCCUACAGGUGAGUCAGGAAACACUAAAGUCCCAAGAAUUUAUAUUUAGCUUGCCCAUUGUACUAUAAACCUGUAUGAGUGAUUUUGGGGGAAAAAGAAAUAGCUAAUGGCCAUCCCCACAACCAGCCCGCAUGGCAGGGUUUCUCUUAGAUGAUCAGAAAAAAAUAUUAGACACAGGUCUAAGGUUUAAAGUUUUUGAAAACGUUUUACCUCAGAUGAUUUCUUACAGGAUUUAGGUAUAAGAACCAAAUCCAAACUGUUGCUCACCUCUUUGCACUGUUUAGAUGUCAGAUGCUAUUUAUAUAGUUAAAAGAACAAUAGUUAUGCAAAUGAUAUGUCACUAGUUUGUGGUUUUUAAAGCCAGAAGAGCCUUUGUUUUUUGUAAUGAGUUCUCAGGAAAACCACUUUAGUUUCUUUCUAAUUUUUGGACAGCCCAUUGUUGUUUUAAAAAUAGAAAAGUGAAGUAUGUCACCUCUUUGGGGAAAUUAAAGAAAUCACUGUAAGGGGAGGGCAGCAAUCAACAAUUUUCCUCUUGUGCCUUACGAAGACUUGGAUUCUGGUUUACAUUAGCCAUGUGGAGUGCUGUAGGAAGAGAAGAAAAAUUGACAAUUUUUUGACCCUUGAAAUGCUUCACUAAGUGGUAGGGGUUGUGCACAGCUCUCUAAAUGGUUAAAAUUUUGAAGCAAGAAGUGAUCCCAUGAUUGUAUCAGUACAACUCCUGGACCUGAAAUGGAAGGUAUGAAGCCAGAACCACAGCAAGCAGGGACACAUAGCGUAUUGAAAGUGCCCAAUAAACUUCUGUUGGCAAGCUAAUUACUGCUGAUUUAUUGCAUGUAAGAUCUUUUUUUAAAAAAAUUUUAGAUUUAGUGACUUCAUUUUCACUCAGUAAUGUCAUGGCUUAACUAACAUGGCUUGCAGUUCCGAUAAGCUUCUGAAACCAUAUAAAUUAACCAGACUUUCCUCCUUCUUAAGCUCAGUAACACACAGAGUAAGUUCACCCUCUCAGAGAAGAGACAAAGCAACCCAGGUGCCAGGGAUUGAGGACAACUGCUGACAUAACUUGUAAUGGCUACUGGCCAAACCCACCUUCUCCCUGAUGUUGCUUCUAGGAAAUUGAGGCUUGUUUACAGAGGCCGAGACUGAACAUUCUUACAGACCUAGUGUCUUGGGAGCUCUCAAUUUUGAUUGUGUGGGAAUUUUUUGGAAUACAUUUCAAGUCUUCUAAACUUUUUUUUUUAUAACUACUUUGUAUCCACCUCAAGGGCUUAGUCCCUACUAAGUACUUAGUGCUAUGAUUAUGACUGUCAUCUGGAGGAUAUGAAGAGUCAACAGCAUUCCUACACACCCCAGCUUUCCUCAUCCUACCACAGCUCCAGUAAUUUGAUGUUCACCAUUUGAUAAAGUUAGUAAUAACUUAUUUUCUGCAUUCAGAACCCAUCAGUGCCAGACUCAACUGAAAAUCUAAAAAGGGGUAGGAGUAACCUGGCUUCCACAAUGACGGAAGAGUUCAGGCAGAGGGAAUCGGUUGGAGUCCCCAAAAGAAGCCCAGCAGAGCUUUCUCCCCAACCCAAGCUGUUCAUCCACCCCCAGCAGUGAAAUCUUACUUCUGCUCAUGAACACUUUCCUCCGCAAGCCCAUUCUCCCUUCAGCUUUUUUAGCACUCACUAAACCUCCCUCUACCCCUCUAUUAUUCUUGAAAAAAACCUUAACAUUCUGCUUUCCCAUUGUGAAAGCAGUUUGCAGAAAGUGCAGUCCUGUUAGGCAUAUCCCCUUAAAUCCAGAGAGUGUUACCAACCACUGAUCAAGAAAUAUAAGUACUUUUAUGAUGCACCUUUUCAAAGAAAAAAAUUUGUACAGCUUCAAAAAGUGGGUGGCCUCUGUUGAAACCAUCCCCCCCACCCACCCCCGGCACCGCCCAAGCUGCCCUUCUAAAUUUUAGUUGCUUCUCUUAUUCAGAUAUUCACUGAUUAAGGGCUGUGGCAUCCAAGGCUAUGAAUAACUACACUGGCAGGAUCAACGGUCAGGUAACACACAUGCCCUGGCAUUCCUCAGCAACUAUUCAGUGUAGCCUUUUCAGUUUGCUGCUUUCCUUGCCCGGCCUAAGGUGGAUCUUGCCAUGGGCCAGGAAAACCCAAUGAAGAACUGGCCCAGAGGGACUGGAGGCAAACUUCCGCAGCAGCUUGGCUCAGUUUGAGUUCUAAAUCCUUGAUGGAGGCAUGAGGGUAUGGCCUCUUUCAUAUCCCCAUUGAUCACAGUGCCCCCUCCAACUGAAAAUCCUAUACUCUUGGAUUAUAAAAAAGAUACCAUUAUCUAACAAAAGGCUGUUUCAAUUCUUGGAGUGACAACACUAAAUUGCUACCAUCUUUUUCUCCCAAAGCAUUUCCAACUAGAGUAAAUGAUGGUACAUUGUGAUGGGCAGGAAAAGUGUCUACUAAUUCUGUUGUCCUUUCCCAAGCGCUUAGUCCAGUGCUAUGCACUUAGCGAGUGCUCAAUAAACACCACUGACUAACUGAUGGUAUGGCCCUCCUUUCCUAGCAGCUAUUCCAAAGAUGACUGCUUGCCCGGGAAGGCCCCACCCCACUCCCCUACCUUCUUUAGGCUGCAUGUCACCAGACUGCCUGAAAGGAUUUGGACAGGGAAUUAACUGGGGGAAAGAUCCUGUCAACAAGGAGCCUUACAUGCCUCAGUUUCAGCCACCUGCAGUCAGUGCCCUUUUCUAUCUUCUGAUUCCUGUCAAAACAUGAUUCUUACUUGGCAUGAAGUCAAACGGGUCAUUUUCCUAGAGAAAGCACUGUGCCCGUGGCUACAACUCAAGCAGAUGUUGCCACUCACAACCAUUCCUAUUUGAGGACAGCUAACUGUAACCCUUCACCCAAUCCCUCUAUCUCCUAAGCUAUCUUGUAUAACUCUUUUGGAUCUGGCCUAGAUACAAUUUAGAAAGCAAAUGAUGGCCAGAAUCAAAGAAUUACACACACACACUCACUCACCUGCCUUAAAUUCUAGACCAGCAAUUCAGCUCAUGGCCCUUAAGGAAGAGAGAAGGUAUAAAAAAAUCAAUCACUUUUGAUACCCUGGAGCAGAGAACACUAUUUUUGCAUAACAGUUUUUUUAAAUUCCCAAUCGAGGCCUUUAAAUUCUAACUGAUGGUUUAAGACUUCUCCUUGCUUUCACUCAGAGCUUGUAAUCCUUACGUAUGUCACAUCUGCCAACACCUGCCACAGGAAGAGUAACUAGAUAGUGUAUGCCAUUAUUCAUGACCUUUUCACAACGAGGCAUCUUAAAUCCGGCACUUGUUUGGUCAGAAUAAGUACUUCAUUUGUUUUAGCUAUGAAAACAGAAAGUUAAUUCAUCUUGUGUAAUUAAACCGAAGACAUUUUCUAUGUAUUGUUUCUUUAUGUACUGUACAAGUAACUUAUUCUUGAAUAAUGCAGAUUUUGCUCUAAAAUGUAUAAAAACAGCUAAGUGAAUAAAAAAAACUUUCAGAUUGUGUCAUCAAA